AUGUCGACUGCAAGCUCCGGCGCAGUCGUCGCCGAGGCGACGGUGCUCAACCUCUUGCCGCCGAGCAAGGUCGCGACCGGCAUCUGCUUCCUCGACCACAUGGUCGAUCAGCUCACGUCGCACGCAAUGCUCGGCGUCACGCUCCGGUGCGGCCUCGUGGGAGAGGGCGAGAGCGCGCCUCGGUUCUUCGCGCCGCUAGAGGAUUACGCCCGGGAGCUCGGCGGCCAGAGGCCGCACGAUCGCGACAUCGCCGUCGCGUGUGGCACCGCGCUCGGCCUCGCCCUCCGCGCCGUCGUCAAAGAGGUGGAGGGCGCGGCUGGCUCGGCGGCUCGCGGCAUGGCGGUCUUCUGCGCCCCGCUCGACGAGGCCUUCGCCGAGGCGAAGCUCACCCUGCACCCGCCGGCCGCCUCGUGCGGCCGCUGCCUCGUCAGCCUGGCGCC